CUUUCUAAAUCUUGCACACACUGUAGCAAUUUGGAAGAGUGUAUCCGUGGACUGACGCUUUUUUAACGGGAUAUUGUGUAUUUGGAGGAACAGAAUAGUCUUUUCGAAGCACAUGGAGCAGUACAGUUCGCUUGGGUUGAUUUGGUUGGUUUUAUGUACAUGGAUUUCUUGUGCUGCGGCAUUUUAUCUACCCGGUCUGGCGCCGAUUUCGUAUUGCGUGACGGAAAAAUCAACAAAUCCUGCUUGUUUGUCCAAAAUUGAUUUGUUUGUGAAUAGUCUGAAUUCUGUGGAAUCAGUGAUUCCCUACGAGUAUGCAAGGUUUGAUUUCUGUGUACCACCCACAGACAAGACAUCACCAACAGAAAACCUUGGACAGGUUGUUGUUGGAGAGAGGAUAAGACCCUCCCUUUACAAUAUUACGUUCAAGAAGGAUGUAACAUGUCAACAACUUUGUGCCAAAGAAUACAAAUUUGGCAAUGCAGAGGAUGGGAAGAAGCUGGAAUUUUUAAGAAGUGGAAUUGCUCUUAACUAUCAAAAUCAUUGGAUUAUUGACAACAUGCCUGUGACUUGGUGUUAUGAGUUCGCAGGUGAAUACAGAAAGUACUGUUCCACAGGAUUUCCUAUCGGCUGUCAUGUGACAGAGGAUGGACAAGCACAUGAUGCCUGUGUGACAAGUGCCAAGUUCAAUGAACGCGGGAUGCACUACAUCUUUAAUCAUGUUGAUAUCGAGAUCAAAUACCAUGAUGGGUCUGGGGAAGACUGGGAAGGAGCUCGUCUGAUGUCUGCACAGGUCACACCAAAAAGUAUCAAGCACGAGAAAGGCAAGGAUCUGAAAUGUGAUGAUGAUUUACCAGCCAUGGGUUUUCCAGCUGAGUUAAAAAGUGAUGUUUACAUUGCUUACACAUACUCUGUUCAAUUCCUGCCAGAGACUGAUCCCAAUCAGAAAUGGGCAUCCCGUUGGGACUACAUUCUUGAUUCAAUGCCACACACAAAAAUCCAGUGGUUUAGCAUCAUGAAUUCAUCGGUCAUUGUGCUCUUUUUGUCGGGAAUGGUGGCCUUGAUUAUGCGGCGAACUCUGCGCAAGGACAUUGCUCCCUACAAUCAGAUGGAGUCAGUGGUAUGCUGUCAGAAAACGUUUCGCUGGAAGUUGGUUCAUGGAGAUGUCUUCCGCCCUCCAAAGAAUGGAAUGUUAUUGUCUGUCAUGUUGGGUUGUGGAACUCAGACAUUGAUUACAGUGUUUUUCACAUUAGUGUUUGCUUGUUUUGGAUUCCUUUCACCUGCGAACCGUGGAGCUUUGGUGACUUGUUCAUUGGUGCUGUUUGUUUGUCUUGGUUCACCUGCUGGUUAUGUUUCUGCAAGAAUUUACAAAAUGGUUGGCGGAGACUUGUGGAAGGCCAAUACCUUGUUAUCGGCCUUCCUUUUUCCUGGAUUGAUAUUUGGAAUUUUCUUCCUUUUGAAUUGUGUUCUGUGGUCAGAGGGUUCAUCAGCAGCUGUUCCGUUUAUCACUUUAUUCACCCUGUUGGCCAUGUUGUUUGGCAUUUCAGCUCCACUUACAUUCCUGGGGGUUUACCUCGGAUUCAAGAAAAAGCCAAUUGAGCAACCAGUUCGAACCAAUCAAAUUCCUCGUCAGAUUCCAUACCAGAGAAUUUACACUAGAGCAGCGCUAGGAAUCAUAAUGGGAGGUGUUCUUCCGUUUGGGUGUAUUUAUAUCCAGUUGUUUUUUAUCUUAAACAGUAUUUGGUCGCAUCAGAUUUACUACAUGUUUGGUUUCUUGUUUGUGGUUUGUUUAAUUCUACUGUUGACCGUGUCCGAGACCACCAUACUGUUGUGUUAUUUCCAUCUUCGUGCUGAGGAUUAUCAUUGGUGGUGGCGUUCCUUCCUGACUGGCGGAUGUACUGCAGUGUAUUUCUUUCUGUACUCGAUUCAUUUCUUUGUCACCAAACUGAACAUCACAGGAACAACCUCUACCUUCCUGUACUUCGGCUACACACUGAUCAUGGUGUUGAUCUUCUUCCUUUUCACUGGUACUGUGGGAUUUUUCGCCUGUUUCUUCUUUGUGAGAAAAAUCUACAGCAUCGUCGAGGUAGACGACAAGGGUCUGGAUGGAGAACUGGAUGGAGAACUGGAUGAAGAACCUGACUCUCAGAUAAAGCCUUGAACAUGACAUCCACUUGUUAAAUGGAAAAAUAAAUUGGCGUAUGUUAUGAGUAAUUCACCUUUUGGGCUUUAGAUUUCACGUGAUUUCACGUAGUGUCACGUGACUUUUGAUGUAAACAAACCUCGAAAGUUCGGACGUGGAGCCGAGCUCGCAGCACAUGAGUUCAAACUUCGGCAAAAGAAAGUGAGGAAGCCUUGAUUCCCAAAGAUAAAACCGAUUUCACCUCUAUGAAUGUGUAUGAUUGCAGUUGUUUAGUAAGUGUAUAUCUAAACAUAAUGGUUACGACAAAGAGAUGUGCUUAUGGCACCUGCAAAAACGCACUUAUUUAAGUGGGCUUAAAUAAGUUUAUUUACGAUUAACAUUGUACUGCAUUUAGGAGUCGCUCCUAAUUAAGAACAUUACCCGCUGUUUAAUAAAAUAGUUGAGUAUGUGGGA